GUGAGAUCACUGGCGUUAUAAAUAUCCCUGUGCCAGCUCCGAGAUCAGCUCGGGUGGCCUCUCUCUCUCUCUCCCCCACUCCCUCUCUCUUCCCCGAGGCUAUGUCCACCCGGUGCGGCGAGGGGGGCAGCGUCAGAGGCACGCAGCCGCGCGGGGGCUACAGAGCCCAGAAGCAGCCCUACAAGAUGCACUUAGGACCCCCGCGGCUGGAAGAAUGAGCUUGUCCUUCUUCCUCCUCCUCCUCCUCAGCCACCUGAUUCUCAGCGCCUGGGCUCACGGGGAGAAGCGCCUCGCCCCCAAGGGGCAACCCGGACCCGCGGCCACUGUUAGGAACCCAGGAGGUGCCAGCAGCAGCCAGAGCAGCAGUAGCGCGACGUCUUCCUCUUCUUCCCCUGCCUCCUCCUCCCCUGCGGCUCCUCAGGGCAGUCAAGGAAGCGGCGUGGAGCAAAGCAGUUUCCAGUGGAGCCCCUCGGGGCGCCGGACCGGCAGCCUCUACUGCAGAGUGGGCAUCGGUUUCCAUCUGCAGAUUUACCCGGAUGGCAAAGUCAAUGGUUCUCACGAAGCCAACAUGUUAAGUAUUUUGGAAAUAUUUGCUGUGUCUCAGGGGAUUGUAGGAAUACGAGGAGUUUUCAGCAACAAAUUUUUAGCGAUGUCAAAAAAAGGAAAACUCCAUGCAAGUGCCAAAUUUACAGAUGACUGCAAGUUCAGGGAACGAUUUCAGGAAAACAGCUAUAAUACCUAUGCCUCAGCAAUACACAGAACUGAAAAAACUGGACGUGAGUGGUAUGUAGCCCUGAACAAAAGAGGGAAAGCGAAAAGAGGCUGCAGCCCCAGGGUCAAACCCCAGCACAUCUCUACCCAUUUUCUGCCAAGAUUCAAACAGUCGGAGCAACCAGAACUGUCUUUCACAGUUACCAUUCCGGAGAAGAAAAAACCACCUAACCCUAUCAAGCCAAAGGUUCCCCUCUCCGCACCUCGGAAAAGUCCCAACACAGUGAAAUACAGACUCAAGUUUCGUUUUGGAUAAUGUUCACCCUGACACGUGCAAAAAAACCAUACUUUCCCCCUCAGGAGUCAUAGGUGUCUUUAGAGAGCUGAAGAAAACAUUUUGUACGUUGCUUCAGCUCUGCUACACUGUAUGGGAAGUCAGGUCAUUUGUUUCAGUUUGCCUGAAACAAAAAAAUGCUUUCUGACAGAAACUGAACUGGAAUUCUUUGCAUCACCAUAGGGAGCGCACUGCUUCACUUCACGAAGACAUAAAGCCUUUCGCGUUAUGCUUAGCGCAGGCUAGCACUGUAUUUUCCGAAAGUUCAAUAGCGCGCGGACUAUGCAUUUUUCUGACUUUUGCAGAUCAACCUGGAAGAACAUACACGAUACAUUUUUAUUUUUGGUUUGCAAAGAAUAUUUUGGUGCAGAUAACUAUUUUAUUAACUUUUGUUUUUUUAAAAAGUACCUCUGCAUUGAGCAUAUUUUCUUACUUUUAUUAUUUUAAUUAAUACGACAGCCAUUUUAAUGCAGUUUAUGAAUUAUAAAUGUAUUUAGAGCCUGUUUGUAACGUGGAUUUCUUUUUCAUUUUUCUUACUCAUGGCACUUUUCAUUUUUAUUAUUUUUUUAAACCAUACCUCAGAUAAUGUAAGUUUCAGUCUACAUCUUAAAAUGUUUAAACCUUCUUU